CAGUGAGUAGUUUACUACACCAUCAAAAGGCACUUGGAAACUGUAGGAAACUCUGACAGGAACAUGUCUGGCAGACCCAAACCCACAACAGAAUCAGAAGACAGCUUGCGUAAUAAACGGCUCACAGGACAACAGCUUCAAACACAGCUUAACACUGAUCGAAAUAAGAAAGUCUGUUUCAAAUGUGAAGAGAAGAGCUGCAGGUUUGACAGGUCAAGGGGCAGUAAGGAAGCCCUUGCUAAGAUGGCAAAAUAAGAAAGAGGCUUGCCUGUUCCAUGAAGCACCACCAGUGGACUACUGAAGACUGGGAGAAGGUCUUAUGGACCUAUGAAUCAAAAUGUGAGAUUUUCAGUUCAUCACGCAUGGUUUUUGUACGCCAUCGAGUAGGCAAAAGGAUGGUUCCUCAGCAUGAUGGUCUGGAGUUCUUUUGCUGGAUCCAGAGUUGCCGACUUGAACAAAGUGCAGGACUCUAAUAACCAGUUUAUCAGAGAGAACAGAUUGACCACCCCAGGGCCGAAGUGUCCUACCUGUUUCACAGUCACCCAGGGCCCAGCUCUAGGUUUCAACUCAGAAUCCAGCUCUCCCUAUGACUCCUGCUCAGAGUCAGACUCAUCCUCAGGUCAACCAAGUAGGGUUAUGGGGUCCGCGGUCAUGCUUCCUCAAGUGCCUGUGAGCAAAGACUGCAAGCUUUUGCCCACUGGUUUAGAGACACAGGCCAGGCAAGAUCUGGGGAAAAAUAUAGCCCCCGAUGAGGUCCCAGAGGGACGAAGAAGGCCACCCCUAAAUAAAAGCCAUUCUUUACCCACAUCUCUUCCCAGCUCACAUCGUGUGGUGUCCUCCCUGAACGUUCAACUGUUCCCAGGAAAUAGUAUUUGCCCUUCACCCUGCGUCUCAUACCAUUACAGCUCAGUGAGGAAGGAGGAUGGGGCCGAAGAUGAGAAAUGGCAGUGUUCUGUUCAGUCAUCCCUUAUCAUUAACAAGCCCAACAGUCAGAAAAGAGAUCUUCCCCCCCUGCCUCCUAAACCACAGCCAAGUCAUCUAACUAGUCUGCCCCAUAUCAUGCCAAGCAGUACCUUGGUCUGGCCCGUACAGUCUCAUUGGGAGCAACAAAGUACCUGGAAAGCCCCCAGUCUGCCAAACAAACCCUCAAACAAUAUUACAUACUACACGCCAUCAGACAAUAUCCUCAACAACACACAUAUGCCAGGCUACCAUUUAACACCACAGCAACAACAACAACCACCACAUUAUCAGAAAAAGUGGCAAGAACUCCAGAAACAGCUACAGCUGCAUAAACAGUGGGAAACACCUCAACUUCAACAACAAUGUUGGCAACAACCACAGCCCCAACUGCAGCCAUACUUGCAUCCUCAAAGUGCCCCCUAUGCUGUCAGUGACCAUCCUCCUAGCAGUGCCCACCACCAAUGGCCUAUUAGCAGGACGGCCAAUGUUCCUCAUGGCUGGGUUCACAAUGAACUCCAUCCUGAGUUCUACACACAUCCAGACAGUAGGCUUUACACAAACAUACACAGCCGACCACAAAGACUGCCAGCCCCUUUGCCAAGUUGCUUUCCACACUGCGCCACUUGUGCCAACUGCAGCUCUUCCUACCCUAAUAGUGUGAAACCUUCUCCAGGUUACCUUCGUACUGAUAGAGAGCUUCAGCUCAGAGCUCUCCAUGAUCCAAGUGGGACAGCUGCGCAUGACAUAGCUACAGUGAACCCCUCUAAAAUCCUCAGUGGCUCAGCCAUUAAAAAAUCUGGGCCACGCAAAUUUGGUGGGUUGACUUCCCGAAGGAAUUACACACAUAAAAAGAAAGUAUUAAAUGAGUUAUAAGCCACAUUGUAAUGGAAUGAGAGACGGUGAUACUAGUGACUGGUGGUUUAUUGGCCCACUGUGUUGAUUUAACAUGGUCCCAUCUGGACGGAUGGCUCUCCCUCUCACUUAUUGUGUUAGUUUUUCAGAAAAGAGAAACACACCUAGACAUGGUAUUUACUGGAUGAGACACACAAAUGUAUUAUUGAAGUUGAAUAUAGCAACAUUUAUGUUAUUGGGUGUUUUAAAAUGUUGUGUAUGGAUUUAUUGAAUUGCUUAUAACAGAGUAUUCUGAAAUGUUUUAUUGUGUUUUAUGUUUCACAUGAUCUUUUAUCAGGUUUGUUCAAAUAUAGAGAGAAAUUUGGUUUCCUAUUGUGUUGUAAAUAUGUUUGAAGUUGUUGAUUUGUCUGGGCCAAAUAAAGUGGUUCAAAUUAAACUAAUUCCCUAAAUUAAAGGGAUAUCAAGUUACUUCCUCUCUUAUAAAGAAUGGGUUCAUUUUUAGGUUAUUAUUUACAAAAACCACACACACACAAAUAUAUAGUCUCUUUAAUUAUUGCAUUCUUAUUGCUUUUAAACUGUAAAUAUACAGGGGAUGUGCAAAAUAACGGAAACACCUCACAAUGUAUUAUAUCAUUAUAAUAAGAAGUAGGGAUACCCUUUUUCUUCAGAACCUCCAAUCUUGGAAUGCUAUAAUGGGUCAUCUAAUGUAAGUCCUGAACUGUGUGUAGUGGGAUAUUGCACCAUUCUUCAAGAAGAAAAGCCUCCAAUUCUUUUUGGGAUGAAGUAGGUGGAAACUGGCUUCCCACUGCGCUCCAGAAUUUUACAUGAUGUUCAGAUCUGAUGAUUGGGGAGGCCAUGGAAGGCUUUUGAUGUUAUACUGGUGUUUAUAAAACAACUCUUGUAUUCAUUUAUCAGAGUAUAUGGGGACGAAAUUCGAUUAACAUAGCGUAGUGGAACCAGCCAUGGAUUGA